CGCUUGUUUGUAAAAUAGUUUAAUGUCGUGUCUCUGUUUAUGAUAAUAUUUGUAUUUUACAUAUUAAAUGUGUAUGAAUGGAGCACCAAUUCAUUUUAUUAACCAAAAGGACAUACUUUACUUAACCUGACUGAAAAUAAAAUGUAUAAGAGACGUAAAGGCUUUUUUUUUCUAUCCCUGACUGGUUUUAGUUCUACACCAACGAGCUCGAAUUAAGAAAAAGUAACUUGAUUCGUGUCAUUAUGAAAAAUGUGCUUUAUUAAAAUGACGGAUUAGGUUAAAUGAUAAUGGUUAUAGUGAUAACCUUAUAAAAUCAUGUGCUCACUCUCUCGGUGUUCUUAUUAUACGUAAGGUGUGAAGGACAAGAUAGAUAGACACUGAAAUUACUGCAAGAUGGUACGAUCUUCGGAAAUGGCAUCAAGAUAGCUUUAGAAGGAAGGCAGACAGGACUCUGUCAAUACAUCCGAGGUCACCCGGUACCAUUUAGGAAGACAGUUCACGUAGUAAUGGACUCCAAAACGAAAUCAAGCAAUGUUGCUCAUGUGCACAGCGAGAGAAUACAAAUGAAUGCAAACGGAAGUGGUGGUCACGUGCAGCGUACUCAAUAUAGGCACUACACUCCUCGUUCCAUUUCUCAGCAAGCUUCUGUUAUCAAUGUACAAGAAGAACAUUCAGUAGACAAUCCUGGGGAAGGAACAUACAAGUCUGGAGCACAGAACAUCUCUUUACAUAUUCCGGUCUCGCGAGAUUAUAAUCGCACGAGAUGUGAAAUUCUACGGAGGCCUUUAGGAGGGAUAGAACAAAUGUACAAUAUUUACUCGUCUCAGGGAACAGAUAUAAUAUGUUUAAUGACCAAAAUUGAAACUAUUUACCCAGUCAGAGCGGUAGCUGUGAAUAAGGCAUUAGAACUCUUACAAAAACGGCAUCCCUUGUUCCGAAUGUCUAUUCAAAAAAGCCGUUGCUAUGACGACGGUCACAUGGACUUUGUGGAAAAUGAAAAAGCUGCCUUCGAUUUCGAAGUGCAUGACCGUACGGACUGGUUGCAAUAUAUGUUAGAGGAGCUCGACAAUCACUCAUGUUUUAAAAGUCAAUCAUUAAUUAGAUGUCGUCUGUUAAAUUCGUCAUCGAUUGCAGAGAAGAAAGAAAUUACACCCAGAAAUGAAAAUGAGCAGACGACAGAAUCGAAAGGUGAAUUGACAUGUUUUAAAGAGCAAUUUGAUUAUCAAGCAACAUUUCUAUUUAUAAUGCAUCAUUCCAUAAUGGAUGGCGGAUACUCACUGUGGAUGUUUCAAGAAUUCAUCAAUUUCUUAGAUGCUGUAAUAAUGAAUAAAAGCAUAGGAGGUGUAAAAGAAUUACCACUUCUACCACCAUUCGAAAAUAUAUUCACAUUCAAUUGUGAUGAAAAGGUUGAUAGAAAGAAAGAAUUUCAAGAACAUGCUCUUACUUUUUGCCAUGACUCUAACGACAGCACAGUCUUAGAUGCUUACAAUCGAACAUUCCACGAGGAAAUAGAUAUUCCAACAGACAAUGAAAAUACGAAACUAAGAAACGAUUGCGUAGUCUUUAAGUUCAGCAAAACGAAAACACGGACAUUUGUUCAAAUGGUCAAGUCAAACAAUUGCACUCCAAAAGGAUCAAUUAUUGCUGCUAGUGUCCUUGCCUUGUUAGAACUGGUAUUUCAAGAAAAUAUGGGGAAAAUGUGCAAUAACUAUUCAGUUCCAAUCGAAUUUAUGGCCGACUUUAGACGAGUUGGCGAUUUUCUUCUUCCGAAUGACGGCACGCCGCAUUACCCAGGGGUCGCAGCAUUACAUGUUCCUCUGUUAGCUCAGUUACGGCUUGAAAAUUCGAAACUAACGACGGAAACGUUUUGGAAAAUAGCGCGGCAAUUUGGCGAAUGUCUUGAUAAAAACGUUGACUCACCGGAAGUGUAUGAAUGGAUAAAAGAAGAGGCAUCCAAAUAUAACAGGUUUCCGGCUCCGGUGCAAAUACCGGGGAAAUCGCAGUAUGUUUUGAGUUUUUCAAAUAUGGGGAAAAUAGAUGGCGUUCUAAACUCUGAUGUGUCAGGCCGAGUUCGUUUAGUAGAUUUGCAUGGGCACUCGAAUAUACUUAUCGACGAAAUGCCUCUGUUUUUUAUCACAACGUUUGCUCUGAACGGGCAUUUUUGCGGCAAUGUUAGUUUUUGUAAGAACUACACAUCGAAUAAAACCGCUACAAAAUACGUUGGGCUAAUACAAAAGUAUUUAUGUUUAUAUUCAAAUUUAUAGCCGAUUUAUCUGUUGUCAAAAAUUGUGAUAAUUGUUUAUUUAUAGAAAUAUUUUAUUAUACAAUGUUUAUCAUCUAUUGUUAUCAUGUCGCAUAUCUAAUGACACAAACCAGAUACAAAUUACACCCCUUUUAUGGGUCUAAAAAUA